AUGGAUCACGACACAGAAGUUAUAGUCAAGGAUUUCAACAGUAUUCUUGAAGAAUUAACUUUUAACUCGAGACCCAUUAUUACCACUCUCACGAAGUUAGCAGAAGAAAACAUUUCGUGUGCUCAAUAUUUUGUUGACGCCAUUGAGAGUAGAAUUGAAAAAUGUAUGCCUAAGCAGAAGCUAUACGCUUUUUAUGCCUUGGACUCCAUUUGUAAGAAUGUUGGCAGCCCAUACACAAUCUACUUCAGUAGAAAUUUGUUUAACUUGUACAAAAGAACAUACUUAUUGGUGGACAACACCACAAGAACAAAACUCAUCAAUAUGUUUAAGCUUUGGUUGAAUCCUAAUGACACCGGCCUGCCUCUGUUUGAAGGCUCAGCACUGGAGAAAAUUGAACAGUUUUUAAUAAAGGCCAGUGCUCUCCACCAGAAAAACCUGCAAGCAAUGUUACCAACUCCGACUGUUCCCCUCCUAUUAAGAGACAUUGAUAAAUUAACUUGUUUAACUAGUGAAAGGCUAAAGAAUCAACCAAAUGAUGAAAAAUUAAAAAUGAAACUGUUGGUUUUAUCUCAGUUGAAACAAGAACUGAAAAGAGAAAAACUAACUCUCAAUGCUCUGAAACAAGUUCAAAUGCAACUAAGGCAGGUCUUCUCACAGGACCAACAAGUUUUGCAGGAAAGAAUGAGGUAUCACGAACUUCAGCAGCAACAGCAACAACAGCAGCAACAGCAACAACAACAACAGCAGCAGCAGCAGCAGUAUCACGAAACUAAGGAUAUGGUCGGUUCUUACACACAAAACUCUAAUUCAGCGAUUCCAUUGUUUGGAAAUAAUUCAGAUACAACGAACCAACAGAAUUCUUUAUCUUCCUCUCUUUUUGGUAAUAUUUCUGGCGUUGAAUCUUUUCAAGAAAUUGAGAAAAAAAAGUCCCUAAACAAAAUCAAUAACCUCUAUGCAUCUCUUAAGGCUGAAGGGCUCAUAUAUACUCCACCAAAAGAAUCCAUCGUAACGCUUUAUAAAAAGCUAAAUGGACACUCAAACUACUCUCUUGAUUCACACGAAAAACAAUUGAUGAAGAACCUGCCAAAGAUACCCUUAUUAAAUGAUAUUCUUUCUGACUGCAAAGCUUAUUUUGCCACGGUUAACAUCGACGUUUUGAAUAACCCAUCCCUGCAGCUGUCCGAACAAACUCUUCUUCAAGAAAAUCCCAUCGUCCAAAAUAAUCUUAUUCACUUAUUAUACCGAUCCAAGCCAAAUAAAUGUAGCGUGUGUGGUAAGAGAUUUGGCAACUCAGAAAGUGAAAAACUACUACAAAAUGAGCAUUUGGACUGGCAUUUCAGAAUAAAUACAAGAAUUAAGGGAUCACAAAACACAGCAAAUACAGGCAUAAGCAACUCUAACUUAAAUACAACUACCACAAGGAAAAAUAUUCAAUCAAGAAACUGGUAUUUGAGUGACUCUCAAUGGGCAGCCUUCAAAGAUGAUGAAAUUACCUCCACAAAGCAUAAAAAUGAUUAUACUGAUCCGCAUGCCAAUAAAAAUAUCGAUAAAAGUGCCCUAAAUAUUCACGCUGAUGAAAAUGACGAAGGCUCUGUAGACAACACUUUAGGAAGUGAUAGAAGUAACGAGUUGGAAAUACGGGGAAAAUAUGUUGUUGUACCAGAAACUUCACAAGAUAUGGCCUUCAAAUGUCCAAUUUGUAAGGAAACCGUUACUGGCGUUUAUGAUGAAGAAUCUGGUGAAUGGGUUUGGAAAAAUACUAUUGAAGUGAAUGGCAAAUAUUUCCACUCGACAUGUUAUCAUGAAACGUCGCAAAAUUCAAGCAAAUCUAAUAGUGGCAAGGUCGGUUUGGAUGACUUAAAGAAAUUGGUCACAAAAUAA